GCCUCAACCUCUGGUUUUCCCUUUAAAUAAUUAAGUAUUACACAAGCUUUUUCAUUAUCGAAGAUGGGGCUGUGGAAGGCGGAGGGAGUAGUUUACAAGGCUGUGGACGAGGUUGAUCUUGGUCCUCAUAGCUCUCAUGUCUAUGUACGUGCCAAUGUUAAAGCUCCUCGCAUGGCUGGAUUUCUGGUUAAAAUAUUUGCCUGGUUUCUCGAGUCAUGGCUGUUUGGACCUUUUCUCCUUUACAUUUUGAAGAGAAACAAUCUAAUUCAUAAGCUAGUUUCAAAUGCAGAGCUGGAGGAAUCCCCUGUUUAUGUACCCUUUCAUCCAUUUGAAGAGGUGAAUGAAGAAGAUGUGAAAAUAAUAGAUAGUGAGUUAUCUCCACCUGAACGAGUUGAAGAGGCGAUUCAUUGCUUGCCUUCUUCCUCACCAAGUUCAUACAACUCUUUCCAAUUCUAUCGCUGGACAAUAAAGGAUUAUUCGACAGCCUAUACUUCAGGACAAAUAACUCCCCGCAUGGUGGCAGAGAGAUUGAUUGCUGCCAUCCGCGAAUCUUCCUCUCCUGCAAUGGACAUGUGUUUCUUUAUUUCUUAUCAAGUGGAUGACAUUUUAAGGCAGGCGAAUGAAUCAACUUUACGCUAUCAAAAAGGGCAGCCAAUAUCAAGUCUAGAUGGAGUUCCAAUUGCAAUCAAGGACGAAAUAGAUUGUACUCCUUAUCCGACCACAGGAGGUACCAAAUGGCUACAUAAGUAUAGAUCAUGUAAAGCAGACGCUUACUGUGUUAUGUGCCUUAGAUCAUGUGGUGCUAUGCUUAUUGGAAAAACUAACAUGCAUGAGCUUGGAGCUGGAACAAGUGGCAUCAAUCCGCACUAUGGGGCAACUAGAAAUCCAUAUGAUGCAGGGAAGAUCUCUGGAGGUUCUUCUAGUGGAUCAGCAGCAGUGGUAGCUGCAGGGCUCUGUCCUGUGGCCCUUGGUGUUGAUGGAGGAGGGUCUGUGAGAAUGCCAGCAGCUCUUUGUGGUGUUGUAGGUUUGAAACCAACAUUUGGGCGUGUACCUCAUUCUGGUGUUCUUCCUCUCAACUGGACUGUUGGGAUGGUUGGGGUAUUAGCAGCCACCGUAGAGGAUGCAUUCAUCGUUUACGCAGCUAUUAGUGGCCAACCUCCAUCGCAUGAGCCAUUUACCAUGACACCGCCAAAGGCAUAUUUUCCACUGUUGAAGCCUACUAGUCCAAUUUCAAGCAUUCGACUAGCAAGAUAUGGAGAGUGGUUUAAUGAUUGCAGCGAUAAUAUUAGAAUAUGUUGCUCCCAUGCAUUGGAGCAGGUGCAUGAGAAAUAUGGUUGGAAGACCAUAGAGGUUACUAUACCGGAGAUAGAAGCAAUGCGCCUUGCUCAUUAUUUAACUAUUGGAUCUGAGUGUACAACUUCACUUAGUUCCUAUCUAGAAAAGCUGGAUAUCGCAGAGUUAGGAUGGGACGCAAGGGUCGCACUUUGUGUUUAUGGUUCAUUCAGCGGCAAAGAGUAUAUAAAAGCCCAAAAACUUAGGAACCGAGUAAUGCAAUUUCACCAAAAUAUAUUUACAAAGGCGGAUGUUAUUGUUACACCAACUACAGGUGUGACUGCCUAUCCAAUUUUCAAUGAUGCUGUAGAGACCGGUGAACUUGACUACAUAAAUGGAGCUGCACUUGUUCGAUACCAGAUAGCAGGAAAUUUUUUGGGGCUUCCAGCAGUUACUGUUCCAGUCGGAUAUGACGAAAUGGGACUGCCUAUUGGCCUUCAGUUUAUAGGAAGACCGUGGUCCGAGCCUACUCUCAUCCACAUAGCAUUUGCAAUCCAGGCUCUACGCAUCUCAAAUUACAAAAAGCCACAGAUUUUCUUUGAUUUGCUGAAGGAAUAAAUACUUGUAUACGAAAUUGCACCGUUGUUUCUUUACUAUGAAAAACAUUGUAUAGCGGCUCGAUAUUUUAUUAUGUAUUGAAUGAAUGUGCAAUUUAGUUGGGUCA